AAUGACGACAGAUUCAGAGUUUGCAACGCUGACCGCGCGUACGCUCAGAGAGCCAGACCUCGUUCAGGAGCACAUAGUGCACAGAGCAGGCUGUUGGUUUAUCGGUCGCGUAGAGAUGAGGGACAGGGGGACCGAGUCAUGCCCAGCGGGAGUGCUGCUCAUUUGGGGAGAACGUACUUCCACCUGACCUCAAGACAAAUGUGAAUUGUAAUGCUUUUUCUAUAAAGAAACCUGUCAACUUUGGUUCACACUUCAGGACACAAUGGAAUGGAGGGCACUGCUGGAGCAGAAGCAGCGGAGGAAGCGCCAGGAGCCUCUCAUGGUCCAGCCCAACACAGAGACUCGGCCCCGGCGGUCAAGGACGCGCCGUGGUGAAGAGCAGGCCCCUCUGGUAGAGUCUCAAGUCACUAUUACCAACGAUGUCAUCAUGGAUGGUAUCGAUGGCCCAGCAGCUUUUUUGGGCUCAGAAGCCCCUCAUCUGGGAAUGAAAAUCCUGUCCGUGAGCCAGUCUCAGUCCCAGUCUCAGUUCCAGCCUCAGCCUCAGCCUCAGAACCAGUCCCCUGUUGCUGAGGAGCCUGAGAGAGAUGGAGACACUGAGACGCUGCUAGAACCCAAGACAGAUAUCCAUGAACUACUACAGAAACAAGGUCUGUCUGGCAGUAUGAACUUCGAUGAAGCCAGCGAGCAUGAAGACGAUGUGGAGGAAGAACGGACACAUUCUCUGUCUCCUAACGCAGACACCACUAGACCUUCCUCUGCCGCCAGUGGCAAAGACAUUCCAGAGGUGGUAACCCCCGGAUCACCCACAGCAGAGGGCUCACCAAUUGAUGUGGCCAAUCUAGAGGAGUUUGUUUUGCGUCCGGCUCCACGUGGUGUCACUGUUAAAUGUCGAAUCACCCGGGACAAGAAGGGCAUGGACCGGGGCCUCUACCCCACCUACUUCAUGCACAUGGAGAGAGAGGAUGGCAAGAGAGUGUUUUUGCUGGCAGGAAGGAAGAGGAAGAAGAGUAAGACAUCCAACUACCUUAUUUCAGUGGAUGCCACUGAUCUGUCACGAGAGGGAGAGAGCUACAUAGGUAAACUGAGGUCCAACCUCAUGGGGACCAAAUUCACAGUGUAUGACAACGGCACCAAUCCCUGCAAAAACCCCGGGACACUGCUGGAAGAGAGCAACACAAGACAGGAAGUGGCUGCCAUCUGCUACGAGACCAACGUGCUGGGAUUCAAAGGACCACGUAAGAUGACUGUAAUCAUCCCGGGCAUGAACAUGAACUUUGAAAGAGUCCCUGUAAGGCCUCAAAAUGAGCAGGAGAGCCUCCUGAGCAGGUGGCAGAAUCACUCACUGGACAACCUGAUUGAGUUGCACAACAAGGCCCCCGUUUGGAACGAUGACACCCAGUCUUAUGUGCUAAACUUCCAUGGCCGUGUUACUCAAGCUUCAGUCAAAAACUUUCAAAUAGUUCACGAUAACGACCCUGACUACAUCGUCAUGCAGUUUGGCAGAGUGGCUGAAGACAUCUUCACUCUGGACUACAACUACCCCAUGUGUGCUCUGCAGGCUUUUGCCAUUGGCCUGUCGAGCUUUGACAGCAAGUUGGCCUGUGAAUGAACCAACAGUUUUACCACACCACCACCUUUUCUGUCCUCCCUCAAAUCUCGUCUUACAGGAGUGUAUGGAGGCCAACAGCUACACUGCUUACAUCUCCAGGAAACAGUUCAAGCAGAAGUCAAAUAAGACUAAAAAAGAGAGCAGGAGGGCACUGAUCGCAUAUGUUGGUGCUCUGUUGGCUGAUCAAACAACCCUCCUGGUUCCUGUGCGGAAGUUGUUGUUUUUUGUAACAUGUUAGGAUUAUUUCAAUAUCGGUUUAACCAUUUUGUACAGUGUAUGUGUACAAAUGUAUUCAAACUAAAAGGGAAAAGGCGGAGCAAAUCACACUACUCUGAUCUGUGCUGGAGACGGGUGCAAAAAGAACUGAUGUUAAAUGAACUACUCAUUGAAGGUUUUUUUCUGUUGCUUUUGUUGCCUUUAAAUUUGAUUUGACUCAGUGUUUUUUGGUUCUAAGGAUGGCAAUGUCGGCUGAGGUGUUAGUCUACAGAGCAUAAACCUUUGAAUUACAUAAAACACGGCCUUCCAUUUGGCGCCACCCUCAGGCCAAAAUUUAGAGUUUGGCCAUUAAGCAAAGGUUUCUGUUUUUUAUCCAGUACAAGUCUUUUCUGGCAAGUAAGUCAGAAUUUUAAUCUUGUUUACAUCUUGAAGGUUGGCUACAUGGUUUAGUCUGCCAUCUACUUAUAACUAAUUUUGACGUUAUUGUUUUAUUGUUAUUGUCAACCCUCAUUUUAUUCUUGUGUGGAAAGUGCAUUAUUUAGAACUGGCCCUUCUUAUGGUUUUUGUGUUUUUUUUGUGAAUAAGUGUAAUUUUUAUUUUAUGACUGUGAUUGUUUUUGUCAUAACAAGUUGGAUUAUCAUGAAAAAAAAACAUAAAUGCAGAAUUGCACAUUUUAAGAGAAAGGAUAGACAUACUGUAUAUAAAAUAUAAAGAAAUGCCUUCUUAUUGACCUAUUCUGGCAGUCUCUAUCUAACAUGAAAUACCAAAUUUCAUUUCAAGAGAGA